UACAGCCACCGGAAAAACUGCUUUAUUUCUGAGCCUCUGUCGCUCAACGGUUCUGGCGAUGGUGGAGAGAGCGGUGUUCGACGGAGAAGCGGCGGAGAGAGUGGUGGCGGAGCUGAGGGAGAGCUAUAAUUCCGGGAAGACGCGAAGCUACGAAUGGAGAGUGAAUCAAUUGAAGAAUCUGUUGAAAUUGAUUGAAGAAAACGAGGAAGAGAUGGUCGAUAAGAUCCAUUCGGAUCUUCAUAAACCCGAACCCGAAACCUUCACCCAUGAGGUAGGUCUGUUAAAAAAUUCGUGUCAAUUGGCACUUAAAGAACUUAGGCAUUGGAUGGCACCAGAAAAGGUUAAAACUUCCAUUACCAUAUUUCCUUCGUCUGCUGCAAUUGUACCAGAACCUUUGGGUGUUGUCCUGAUUAUUUCAGCCUGGAAUUAUCCAUACUUGGUAUCUCUUGAUCCAGUUGUUGGAGCAAUAGCAGCUGGUAAUGCUGUGGUUCUAAAGCCAUCGGAAAUUUCCCCAUCGACAUCAUCUUUAAUGGCUAAACUUUUAGGGAAGUAUUUGGAUACUUCUGCUGUAAGAGUUGUUGAGGGUGCUGUUCCCGAAACUUCUGCUUUGCUUGAGCAAAAGUGGGACAAAAUAUUUUACACAGGCAAUGGAAGAGUAGGGCGAAUAGUGAUGGCAGCUGCUGCCAAGCACCUUACGCCAGUUGUACUAGAGCUUGGAGGAAAAUCUCCAGUAGUAGUUGAUUCAGAAAUCAAUUUACAAGUUGCGAGUAGGCGGAUUAUUUCUGGUAAGUGGGGUUGCAACAAUGGACAAGCAUGCGUUGCUCCUGAUUAUGUUAUAACUACCAAAGAAUUUGCUCCGAAGUUGGUGGAGUCCCUGAAACAAGAACUGGAGAGAUUUUAUGGAAAGAAUCCAUUGGAAUCUAAAGAUUUAUCUCGCAUUGUGAAUGCUUACCACUUUGAUCGCUUGAUUAAACUCUUAGAGGAGGAUAAAAUUUCUGGCAAGAUUGUGCAUGGUGGUGAAAAGGACAAAUCCAAAUUGCAGAUUGCUCCCACCCUCUUAUUGGAUGUUCCUCGAGACUCUCUGAUUAUGACGGAGGAGAUAUUUGGUCCCUUACUUCCCAUUCUCACGGUCGACAAAGUGGAGGACAGCUUUGAAGUAGUCAACUCGGGCGCGAAGCCACUUGCAGCAUAUUUAUUUACCAACAAUAAGAAGCUCAAGGAACGGUUCGUGGCUUGUAUCUCUGCAGGGGCCAUAGGCAUCAAUGAUACCGCCUUACAGCUGUCGGUUAACACGCUACCAUUCGGAGGAGUUGGGGAGAGCGGAAUGGGAGCUUACCAUGGGAAGUUCUCAUUUGAUGCAUUUAGCCAUAAAAAGGCUGUUCUUUAUCGAAUUUUCGCAGGCGACGUGCCGAUGAGAUACCCGCCUUACUCAAAGGAAAAGUUACGAUUUCUGAAAGCUCUUCUCGGAGGUAGCCUAUUGGAACUCAUUCGUGCUCUUCUUGGUUGGUAGUAGUAAGCAUCUCCUUUCACCCUUCUUUAUUUAUAUCUUCUUCACUUGUGCUGUUCUUCUUUAUCUGUCUUAUUUACAGAAUCAGUAGUGUUUGAGUUGGAGUUGUAUAAGUCGUAAAAGAAUUUAGAAGUAUAUAUGUUCAAUAAACAAUCCUAUAAUUUGAUUCUCAUA